UGCAGAGGCAUGUUGGGCUCUACAGCUAAUGGUCGUUUAAUGGGCCCCGGUGUUGGUUCAUCAACGUCAAGCUCGUCCUCGUCGUCGUCGAUAUCUGCCGCUGCGGCCGCAGCCUCCGCCGCCGCCGCCGCUGCCGCUCUGCACUACCAGCAGCAGCAGCAGCUCGGCCCCCAUCAGUUUCCGGGUCUUCCACCACCGUCCCAUCAACAGCACCACCCCGCCCAUCACCAUCAAUCGCUGCAGCAGCAACAUUCCGCACUGCAUCCGUACCAUCAUCAUCGGAACAUAUGGCCCACGCUAACUGCAUCCAGUGGCAGAAGUGCAUUCGACCUGCCCACCAAUGGCGAAGUAACGGAAUCGUUAUUCGCGACCGGAGGGUAUAACACGCCACCAGCAAGCUCUCCGUUUCUUCCCUGUUCCCCACUGGAAUUGGUCGCCAAGAACUUCCACAGUUCCGGAGCUGGUCUCUCAUUCAGUCAAGCCAACAGCAGCAUCUUUGUACAAUCGCAGACCGAUUUCAUCAAUGGCACCACAGCGGUCGCGAAGAAAACCGAAACCUGCAUCGGACGGUGGGAGCAUGGCACCAUAGAACCGUUGCAGAUACAAGUACCAUCGAACGCACUGGUGCCAGCGACGGCGGCAGCCUCCGUUGGCAGCUUCGCACUCAACUCUCCCGAGAGCGUUAGUUCCGGCGGUCAGGUUCCGAUCCCGAGCUACAAGAAGCACCACCGGUACGCCAAAGGUCCGAAGGUGAAUAAGAACGGAGCGGACGAGAACGGCAAUCGCGACGCGUACCGUUUUCCGGGCUACGACAGCUACAACACACCCGAGGACGGCUACGACGAUCGUCUGUACGACGAAGCGUACGCCAAAAGAGACGUCCAAAAUCGCAGCCUCCAACGGCUGGCCGAUGACGUUAAGGCAAGCUCCUCCUCCAAUAAAUCAUCAUCCCCGUUAGAACGGCGGGGCGCUGAGGAAGAACCGGGUGCACGGCCGCGUCCGGCAUCGCCCACGACACCCUCCUCCCCGUCGGCGUACGGUCGGCUGAAGCGUAAGCUUCACUCGCUGCUCCUGGAAACGACACGGCUCGAGGAGCAGACGACGUCCUCCCCGCACGUCAUCAGCCACCAAUCGCUACUGCACCAAACGUCACACGCUCCACGGCAGCCAACCCCGCCGGGUCACUUCCCUCGCCAGCUCGAAGCGGCCACCGCGCCCGAGUUCCGCACUGCAGAGGAACCGUCGAGGCAUCACCGGACCGGGGAGAAGUACGGCACAUCGCCGGCGACAAGUACGACCGUUGCGGCACGCGACAACGCGACAGCGCCCUCUAGCGAGGCCGUCAAUCAUAGACCACGGCGGCGCUGGGCGGCCCUCCACUCGGCGCUCGUCAAAGCCAAGGCGGAAGCGGGCGGUGAAGCCGCUCCUCCCGAAAGCUCGAGCCAAAGGCCAAAGUCACCGGACGUCCGAGCGGCGCCACCGGCUGAACAGCGACUUCCGACGAAGAAGCGCCGAUUGCUAAAGUUCGAUCGCACGGACGAACCACCAUCCGCCACCAGCCGUGACACGGACACCAAGGCCGUUGUUCACAUCAAACGUGAACCUUGCCAAGUGUCCGAGGUGACGACAUCGAACAGCUUCGAGGCCACCACAAACGCGACGACCGCUCUGAAUGCCAUCAUAAAGCUCGAAGCGUCCUCCCCGAAGUCGGCCGGCAGUAGCACCGGCAGUAGUAGUGGCCACUUCGUGGCGUCCAGCUCCGCCCGGACCAGCAUACUGACCACCGGCGGCGGCAUCCUCAGCAGCGUCGCCGUCGGAGGCAGCGGCGCAGGAGGCGGUUCGAAUCCCGGCACCGGCGGGUCUCACCCGGUGCCACCACCCCCGCCACCGCCGCUCAGUGCCGCCACGAUGGACCAUCACCUCGGGUUAGCGUCGGCCGCCAACAACUCCGCCACCACCAGCCACCAGCAUCCGUCCGUCGGCGCGACGUCGGCCGCCAGCAUUCCGGUCGGCAUUGCCGUCGCCCGCCAGCGCCUUCAGGAGAGCUCCGCCGGCGCGGCCUCCCCGCAGCUGCACCAAACCAAAGAGCUGAACCGGUUCGGCAUCGGGCUGGCGGCAGCGGCCGCCGCUGUUGCCGCCGCCAACGGUGGCUCGAUCAACGGCACCAGCAGCACACCAGCGGAUCUAGGCUGCGCAACGCCGGGCUUAGGAAGCCAGAACAUGUUUUUCACCGGCACCAACUCCGGCACCAUGAUUCCGCUUUCGUCCGACGCGGUCACGAUGGGCGUGACCAACGCGGCCGUGCAGAAUGCCGUCCGCACGCCACCCGCCCUCUGGCAGUAUCCUGCGCCCCUGCCGAUGGAAUCGAUGCUUCCGAUGCCACCCUUGCCGCCCGUCGGCUUCCAGCUGGUGCGGGACCCGAGUGGCCAGAUUUUGUUCCUCCCGGCCGCGACCACCAUCGCCAAUCCGCCAAAUCUGCUAGAUAAAAUCUAUAUUUCUUGCAUAGAACCAUUCCAACAAGCGCUGGUGUGGCCCUCGUACCCGCAAUCGGCGGCGGCCAUGCAGCCGCCCCACCUCCUCCUGCCCCAGCUUCCGCAGCAGCAACUGCAGCCGCCUCCACUGGCUCCACUGCAGGUGCUCAACUCGGACUAUCUCUCCAGUACAACGCUGCACCAGCAACACACACAAACUCACCACAGUACACGCUAUCUUGCGCUAACGUCGUCGGAUUCGAGCGGUAAACGAUCGUCGGUCAGCGGCGGAAAGCAAUCCCAAAGCACGACCGGUUCGAGUUCCUCCACCACGUCGGGGUCCUGUGGUCAACCGACCAUCCCCAUGCCGAUACCCGCCUCGCAUGCAUUUAUCAAGAUUGAAGACUGCUCGACGAACGCCACCUCAACGCUGGGUGCUUCGAACAGCCCGAGCCAUCUGACGUCGAGUCUUUUCGGGACACUGAGUGAGCUGGACAAGACCACGUCGGGCUCGACGACAAACGCCGGAGGUCCGGGACACCAUCCCCAUCUGGCACUCUCCACGACGGCAGACCUAACGUCCCAGCUGUUGUUCCAACCUGGCAAUCUGAUCCAUAUCACCCCGCAUCAUCCCGGAAAGUCCCACCCCAGCGGUCACCCACUGUUGGACAGUUCGUCGGCAAAUGGCGUGCUUGGAUCAACCGUUGCGAAUCCCACCCCACCCCCAUCGGCACUUCCACCGCCCAUGACACCGGCCCUGAUCGGUUUGGGACAACUUGCACAUCCGAGUAACCCGACGCCGCAACAACAACAUUCAUCGUCGGAGCUGCCGGCAGCGACUUGCCUAACGCCUCCACCCGACACAACCACCAACAACGUGCACAGUCAGGUCGAGGCACACGACGGCGCGGAAGGGGACACGGCCGACGGGGAAGUUCUCGAGCCGCCCGAGGUACAGGAUGCCAACAUCCAAACCGACACGCCAGUGAUGAGUGAGGACGAGAGCACGCAACCGCCGUGCGGUACCGACUCCGAGGGGACGGUCCCUGACGCUCUGCCAAUGUCGACGGAAACGACCCUCACGGCGGCGUUCCAUGCGCUCGCCAGCGAGCAACCUCUGUGCCAUAGUACGCUUAUGAACAGCAGUGGCGAUUCCGCCAUCGAGCCGGACAUGUCCGCGUCGUCCGCAGCGCUCAACGCUACCAGCGCUUCCAACUGUGAUCAGGUCGACAUGGAGCUCGAGUCGACCGGGAAAAGUCCUGUGUCAAACCAGCCGCAGGGACCGGUACAGGUUGAGCCGGAGAAUCUCUCCCUCCCGAUGGUCUCGCCCAUUGGUAAUUGUGGACCGGUGGCGAUGCAACGACGGCUGCCUAAGUUGGAGCUCCACUCACCCACCCAGCCGAGCGCGCCAUCGACGAACGGUGUGGAGUCGACGAGUACCGUACCGACAGCGGCGACGGUGCGAAACGACAAGGAGCAACAGUCAGCCCCACAACUUCCCGCAACUUCCAACGGGGGUCCCUCGCAACAGGAGCACCCGGUAGAUCUCAGCGGACUGGAGCUGCUUUCGCACAGCAUCGAGGUGUUCCAGAAGAAGUCUUCCCUGAUCAAGAAGGAACCGAUCUCGCCCCAGCUGCCGCUCGAUCCGUCGCCAGCCAACCUUGUGCCAUUGCUACCGGCCGCCGGCCCACCGGCCGUGGUUUGUAGCGAGCUUCCGCUACCUACACCUGUGCCACUAACACCCGCCCUACCACCGUCCGUCCCGGAGGCAUUCCUGCGGACCGACGAACCGAUGGGAGGAUUAAAUCUACUCUGCGCUCUGGCCGAGCAGCGCUUCCAAGAGGAGGGAAUGUUCAAGAAGGACUCCCCAACGGCAUCAUCCGGGAGCUCGGGAAGCAGUACAAGCGGUAGUAGUAGUAGUAGUAUUAGUAGUAGCAGCAGCAACACGUCAACCAGUAGCCCAAGCAGCGGGUCCUCUGCACCAUCCUCGCCCAAUGAGGCGCUGGAGAAGAGCAUUACAAGCCCGCACGAGCUGAGCGGCGGUUCCUCGUCGCCGGCGGGUUCGCCACAGACGACGGUGAUGACGGUGACCGGUGCCAACGGGACGGCGGAGUUGGUCGUUUCGCGCAAACGCAAACACCACAAACAUUCCAAAGACUCGACCUCGGGCAAGAAGUCGGGCAAGAAAUCGAAGCACGAUAAGGAGCAACGGCGGGCGGAGAAGCGACGGAAGCACGGUGCGGAUGGUAGUGGCACCACGACCGACGGUGCGGACGGUGGUGAGCUGGACGCCGAGCUCAAGGAGAGCCUGUCGCGGGUGAAGGCGAAGCUGAAGAAGUGCAACUGCAAGGAUGCGGACGAGAAGGAUCACCGGUGCUGCCGCACCCAGUGGCCGACGGCGAACGAGCUGUUCAGCAAGAUCGAGUCGGACAUGAAGGAGCGCCUGGAGCGGAUCACGCGCCAGUGCGAGGAGAAAAAGCGCGAGCUGGAGCAGAUGAGUACGGCGGCGGUCGCGAAGGUGAAACCGAUGGCCAACAGCAGCAUGGUGCGCAUGCCGGAGAUGGGUAAGACCUACUUCGGAAGCUUCGGAGCGGUUGCGGCCGCCGGUGGGAUGUUGGGCGGUGGCGGGGGAACCGGUACCGGCGGAGGUCUACUCAGCUCGUUCGGUGGUGUUGCCGGCGGAGCCGGUAUGCUUGGCCAGGGAAUCGGUGGAGCAACGGCACUGGGUGGAGGGCAAAAGUUCAGCACGAUCCCCGCCCUAUCGCCCAACUUUUCGUCCUCCUCGAACUCGACCACGUUCGUGGAGCUGCCGAAGCUAAGCUCGGACACCGAUUCGAGCGGCAAGCGGGAGGACGACGAUGCCUGCUCGAUGGAGCGGCUUUCCUACUCGAAGCGCAAGGGUGGUAUCCCGAAGAAGCACGACGAACUGACGCUCACCGAGACGAUAGUGGCGAAGAAGCCGAAGAGUCUGGUCGGCUACAUUCUGGCGUCGAAGAACACGCGCGUCGCGGACAGCAACGUGAAAGACACGGCACACCAGAAGCAGCCGGAAAAGCAGCACCACAACCACUGGAGCCACGUGCUGCAUCAGCAGCAGGCAGGCCCGGUGACGCUGGGACUGGCCAAGCAGCACCCGUCGCAGCAGCAGCAUCCGCAUCACAUCAGCGAGUCCAAGUUCAAAAAGUCCCCGAUUCAUUCGUCCAAGUUCGAGAGCGCCACCAGCGACGACACGAGCAACCUCUCGGACAGUUCGCUGAAGGCGCAGAUGAAAAUGAAAUCGCCCGCCGGCGGUGGGGUGUUCGCGUUCGAGGACGAAAACAGUAAGCCCUCCGAGGCGGGCUUCUCGAUCUUCGGCGGCAAGCCGUCCAUCUUCGACAAGGUGAAGACGGGCGUCGCCGGGGGACCGCAGGUCGGUACGCUCGUCGGCAUGAAAGUAUCCCCGGUCAAAGCGGCCGUCGUAACGCCGUUGAUGAAGCCACACCAUCUGCCGGCGUGUGGAACGCCUCCGAUUGCCCACGGAAGCGUGCCGCCGAUGAAGCGGAAGAAAUCGCGCAGCAAGGACCGGAAGCGGCGCAGCUCGGAGAAGAAACGGAUCGACCAACGGUGCCUGCUGACCAGCGAGCACCUUGGCAAGGACAAAACGCGUGUCCUCACCGCGAUGGGCGGCUUGUUUUACGCCGGAUGUCUAAGCGCCGUGCAACCGCCGGACAUUUACGCCGUCACGCUGGACGGUGAACGUGGCAACCGGCCUCACAUAAUGUCGCGCGAGGAAGUUCUUCGGGAUGCGAUCUUGGAAGUGGCACCAAAAACGGUAGAUGAAAUAAUCCCCGGCACGCGGCUUUGCGCCUACUGGAGCCAGCAGUACCGCUGCCUCUAUCCUGGUGUGGCGGCCGAACCUGCCUCUCCCGAUCCGGAGAAGCGCUUCGUCAACGUCGAGUUCGAUGACGGAGACAACGGCAAGAUCGCCCUCGAGGACAUCCGCUUUCUGAUGAGCGAUUAUCCGAUAGUCGAAUACGAUCCCAAUCCUCUUCUAUCGCUAGGCAAGCGUAAGCGCCAGUCAAGCCAUUCCGAUCCGUGCGCCCAGAUCGGAACGCUCGGUCCGGCAUCGAUGGGAACGCACGCCGCAUCGGCGGCUAGUCACUCCACCACCGGCAGUUCCCAUUCCGCUGGUAGCACCGGCACCUCACCGUCGAUGGCGGCAACGGCAACGGCCAUCACAACGCCCUUGACGGCGACCGUAACACCGAUGAUUUCCCCGCUGGCCGGCGGCUCGACCAUCAAUAGCUUCGCCCUGGCGACGGAGCGUGCGGAAAAGCGCCUGCACGAUGAAGCGUAUCGCGAGGAACGGCGUCGGUUGAAGAAAAUCCGCAAGGAUAAGCUGCGCCGGUUGGCAGCGAACAAUGCCGAACUAGCCACCGUCGUCGCGAGUGGGCCCUCCGUUGGUAGUGGUGGUGUUGGUGGUGGAUCUUCGUCGUCGCACAAGCACAAGAAGUCCAAGUCGAAGUGCUACGACGAGUUCUGCAAGCACCGGAAGCACAAGAAGCGGCGAAAGCAUAAAAAGCAUCACCGGGAAGCGGCCAGCCCCUCGGAGGUACCUUCGUCACCGGACGGUGCAGGGAUCGCCGGCUCGAUGGAUGAUGAUAUUUCCCAAGGGGACAGUGCAUCGCAGACCGCCGGACACUACAGCCCCCAGCCGGCCAUCAUCAGCGCUUCCGAUACCGCCAACCCUACCGCGGAGAAAGAGGACACCCUCACGGAGGAAGAAGUGAGCUCCUCGGUGACGGAAAGCUCCGGAUCGUACUACCAACCGCAGAAAAAGUCCUCCCCUGGGGAGAGGAAGCCGUCGGCCGAGCAAAACGGAAGUAAGAUCGCCGCCUUCCUGCCGGCUCGUCAGCUGUGGGCCUGGUGUGGCAAGGGCUAUCGCCGUUCGGCCGGGCGCGUCAAGAAGCAGUUCUACAAAUCGAUCCAGCGGGGCAAGGAAACAAUUUCGGUUGGUGACUCUGCGGUGUUCCUCUCCACGGGACGUCCCGACCGGCCGUACAUCGGUCACAUCGAGUCGAUGUGGGAAACGUCCACGAACAAUAUGGUGGUACGGGUGAAGUGGUUCUACCAUCCCGAGGAGACGCAAGAUUGCCCUAAUCUGAAGUAUCCGGGUGCUCUGUUCCAGUCGCCCCACGAGGACGAAAACGACGUGCAGACGAUAUCGCACAAGUGCGAGGUGUUGGCCCUGCGCGAGUACACCGCCAAGUUCGGGGCCGAUCCGAAGCAGUACAGUUCGAUCUACGACAACAACGAUACGUACUAUCUGGCCGGGUACUACGACCCGACGGUGAUGACAAUCAAAAUGCAGCCGGAAAUUGAAAUACUUCCCCCGAACGAGAAGUGGAUCAAGUCGGUGCCGGUGGUCGGGGGAUCCAAAGGAAGCAAUAGCGUCGUUGGUGGAGGCCCGAACGGUGCGUCCGCGUAAGCGUAACAAAAACCAAAUCAGUGCGUGUUUGAGGGAAAAGCUAUCAAGAAGCUGUCCUGCUGUUCGUUAUUAUCAACAGAUGAUCUUAUAGGGGCUCUACAAGAGCGAAUGUCGCAAUGAAUGUGGAAGAAGAGAAUCCGAAAACUACAAAUCAAUCUAGAGGAACACUUUCGAAAAGUGGGCAGUAAGUCAACCGUAGCGAUGUAAGUGUAGGUUGUGUAAGGGAACUUAACGUAAAACGGCAACGGCAACGAUCUUCGAAUACAAUUUGAAGGCACUAGGUGUGUAGUAGGUAAGUGUAAAUAAGCUGCUGUAGAUUCCCCGAGGCCGCAAGGAAACGAUUCCUUUCAUUCGAUUUAAGACAAGCAGUCCGGUUAGGAUGAACUGUACAAAUCUAGUAGGCGAUAGGUGCAUAGGGAGCUAACAAACAAAUCGAACAACAACACCCAAUUGUGACCGCUAUAUCAAUCAAACCCAAGUUAGUGUCUAUAUUUAUAACCCCCCCCCCACGUAGGACUUAAAAGUAUUCGCAGCAGUUUGAAGCAGAGAGAAGUGAAAAAUGUACGCGACUGAAUCUAAUAGUCUUACUUCGACAGACAUGUUUUAACCAACUUUGAAAUACCGUGCAAACUAUAAAAGGUUCCUAAAAACAACGCCCCAAAAUGUAAAUGGGAACGAUAAUAUUGUGCACCCAGAAGCUAAAAAGAAGAAUUCGAGAAAAAAAUGUGCGGAAGAGAGGAACAUUAUAUUUUUCUACACGAUUUGAUAUUUAUACAGACACAUCAAUGGCCAAUCUUGUGGAAACCGGUACGACGGAUGAACAUUGUAUCCCCUACCACGAAAUUAAGGUGUGUGUUUCCGGAGUUAUUGUACGUGGUCGGUUGGCUGGUGGUUUUCCGGAUGUAGAUGAUAGUUUAGGCCGAACGAAGCAAAACAAAAGAAAAACAGCAAUUAAGGCAAAGUUUUUGGACGAAGAGCUUUUUUGGGAGAAAUGAUAAAUACCUCUGCUAUACACAAAUUUGCAAUCAACAAAAAAGGAAUAAUCUAAAAUUAUCUAAAACAAAGCAAAACUACGAGAACACUUUACUGGUCGAGACAAAAUUAAACGAAAACAAAAAGAAUACCCCUAUACAGUAGGGCAGACAAAAUUUAUACCACCAAUAUAUAUAUUUUUUGGCGCAAUGAGUGAAGAAGUGGGCUAUCAAGAACCACGUCAAAAUCAAGGCUGUUGCUUAGAAUAAAAGUGCAAUAUUUGAGAUUAAGAGACUCCCCCCGGCGGAGGGGGGACCUGAAAGCAAUUACGAUAAAAUGGGCAUGGGAAGGUGCAUGCGUUGGGUGUACAUUUAAAGAGGCCCUGUGUUCAAAUAUUGACUAAUACGACCAGCGUUGUUUCGGAACAAUUUCGGCAAUAUUUAGAGUUUCGUUUAUUGAGGAAAAAACAGAAGCAAAAUAAGCAGAACAAAGGAAAUCAAAACGGAUCAACCUACAACGGAAAUAGCCAGCCACAAGAAAUAGAAAAUCAAACGGAAACCGGUUAUAAAUAACAAUUACAUACUUCAAUUACACAUGCAAUAGACUUUUUCAGAACUAAAUAGAUGCU